GAACGUGUCUGAGGUGCAUCCUUGUUUUUCUGUUCCUUCCUGAGAGCUUCGGAUUCUCCAGCCUGCCUUCACUGGUUUGUGUUCGGAGUCAGACUAAGUCUUGCCAUUUGCUUUGCUCUUAUGUUACCAGAAUCAGUGCUGCAUAAUUUGAGCCUGAUAGGAUUGACUUUACAAGUGAGACCUCUGAAUCACAUCUGCUAAGAAGUCUGAAUAGAACUCUAACUCAUACAGAUGUUUAGACUUAUUUAAUCCAAAUUAUCAGGAUUCCGAAAUUAUUCAUAACCUAAAGCGUGCAUGGCCCUGAAGGGGAGGGAUGAGAACUGCUGAUUUAGAUGCUCUGAGAACCCUCUACUGUACAAUCUUAACCUAUGAAAUCAUUCACAUGCUGGCAGCCCCAAAGAGAGCAUAAACCAGGGACUUUGAUAUCAUGCAUCUGAAGACCAAAUUAUUUCUCCAAGCUUUGAAGUGUAGUAUUCCUCACCUUGGGAAAUGCAUGCAGAAACAGCAUUUGAAUCACUGUAACUUCGCUGAUCAUUAUUACAAUAGAAUAAAAUUGAAAAUAUGUCACCUAAACAAGUGUCUGCAGACUAAACCCAAGAUAUCAGAGUUAGCAAGAAACAUCCCAAGUCGGAGCUUCUCCUGUAAGGACCUUUUACCUACUAAACAAGAAAACAAAGAAUCUCUUUCAAAAAACAUGGAUGCAUUUGAAAAAGUGAGAACAAAAUUAGAGACACAACCUCAAGAAGAAUAUGAAAUCAUCAAUGCAGAGAUUAAACAUGGUGGUUUCGUUUAUUAUCAAGAAGGUUGCUGUUUGGUUCGCUCCAAGGAUGAGGAAGCAGACAGCGAUAACUAUGAAGUUUUAUUCAAUUUGGAGGAACUUAAGUUAGACCAGCCCUUCAUUGAUUGUAUCAGGGUUGCUCCAGAUGAAAAAUAUGUGGCUGCCAAGAUAAGAACUGAAGAUUCUGAAGCAUCUACCUGUGUAAUUGUAAAGCUCAGUGAUCAGCCUGUUAUGGAAGCUUCUUUCCCAAAUGUGUCCAGUUUUGAAUGGGUAAAGGAUGAAGAAGAAGAAGAUGUUUUAUUCUACACCUUCCAGAGGAACCUUCGCUGUAAUGAUGUAUAUCGAGCCACUUUUGGUGAUAACAAACGUAAUGAACGUUUUUACACAGAAAAAGACCCAAGCUACUUUGUUUUCCUUUAUCUUACAAAAGACAGUCGUUUCCUCACCAUGAAUAUCAUGAACAAGACCACUUCUGAAGUGUGGUUAAUAGAUGGCCUGAGCCCUUGGGACCCACCUGUACUUAUCCAGAAGCGAAUACCUGGGGUCCUUUACUAUGUUGAACACAGAGAUGACGAAUUAUACAUUCUCACUAAUGUUGGAGAGCCAACAGAAUUCAAGCUAAUGAGAACAGCAGCUGAUACCCCUGCCAUUAUGAAUUGGGAUUUAUUUUUCACAAUGAAGAGAAAUACCAAAGUUAUAGACUUGGACAUGUUUAAGGAUCACUGUGUUCUAUUCCUAAAGCACAGCAACCUACUUUAUGUUAAUGUGAUUGGUCUGGCUGAUGAUUCAGUUCGGUCUCUAAAGCUCCCUCCAUGGGCCUGUGGAUUCAUAAUGGAUACAAAUUCUGACCCAAAGAAUUGCCCCUUUCAGCUUUGCUCCCCAAUACGUCCCCCCAAAUAUUACACAUAUAAAUUUGCAGAAGGCAAACUGUUUGAGGAAACUGGACAUGAAGACCCAAUCACAAAGACGAGCCGUGUUUUGCGUCUGGAAGCCAAAAGCAAGGAUGGAAAAUUAGUGCCAAUGACUGUUUUCCACAAAACGGACUCCGAAGACUUGCAGAAGAAACCUCUCUUGAUACACGUAUAUGGAGCUUAUGGAAUGGAUUUGAAAAUGAAUUUCAGACCUGAGAGGCGGGUGUUAGUGGACGAUGGGUGGAUAUUAGCAUACUUUUAUUUCAGGGGUGGUGGUGAGUUAGGCCUCCAGUGGCACGCUGAUGGCCGUCUAACUAAAAAACUCAAUGGUCUUGCUGACUUAGAGGCUUGCAUUAAGACGCUUCAUGGCCAAGGCUUUUCUCAGCCAAGUCUAACAACCCUGACUGCUUUCAGUGCUGGAGGGGUGCUUGCGGGAGCAUUGUGUAACUCUAAUCCAGAGCUCCUGAGAGCUGUAACUUUGGAGGCACCUUUCUUGGAUGUUCUCAACACCAUGAUGGAUACUACACUUCCUCUGACAUUAGAAGAAUUAGAAGAAUGGGGGAAUCCUUCAUCUGAUGACAAGCACAAGAACUACAUAAAACGUUACUGUCCCUACCAAAAUAUUAAACCUCAGCAUUAUCCUUCCAUUCACAUAACAGCUUAUGAAAAUGAUGAGCGUGUACCUCUGCAAGGAAUUGUGAACUAUACCGAGAAACUCAAGGAAGCCGUCACAGAGCAUGCAAAGGACACGGGUGAAGGCUAUCAGGCUCCCAAUAUUAUUUUAGAUAUUCAGCCUGGAGGCAAUCAUGUGAUUGAGGAUUCUCACAAAAAGAUUACAGCCCAAAUCAAAUUCCUGUACGAGGAGCUGGGACUUGACAGCACCAGUGUUUUCGAGGAUCUUAAGAAAUAUCUAAAAUUCUGAAGCGCUACAUUCAACUUGAAAUUGGAAACAGUGAAAUACUUGUCUUAUUUCUAAUUGAGUUAGCAAAAGAUUGAGUUAUUUUAAUAAUUUUUUAAAAUGUUUCUCCAUCUAAAAAAUGCUGCUUAGUCUGUACCUCACGUGCUCACUAUGUUCUCUUGAUUCGUGCACAUGCCCCAUAACCUAGGAAGGUAGUUUUCAAGUCACGCUCCUUAGAAGAGACUUGGAGGAGGGGAAAACACCAGAACUCUAGGCCUCCCUUCCAGUUGGAACAGCUUUAUUUUUGUUUGUUUUACUAGGGUUUUCUUUACUAAUGAAUGUUUUUACACACUUUAGCAGUAAGUCAUCUUCCACUUUUUAUGACUGCAUUUUAAGGACAGUGAUAACAUUCUUCACAUUGAAAUUCAUUAGACCUUUCAAAAAAUCUGGGGUUCAAAUGUGUUGUGAUCAUCUCUUAUUGAUGCUAUCCCCCUAAAGUUUCAGGUUUCUGCAAGCAAUUUUCUUUUAAACACUUUUUUCAAAAUUUUUGACAACCUUUCCUAAAGCAGUGACAUUUAAGCUACAGAAGAAUCUAAGAAUUAAUGACUAUUCAUAAAGUUCACCGAGAGCAUGCUGUGCAUGAAGCCACUACCAGUAAUCACAAUACCAGCAGAACGCCAGUGUCAUCUGCUUCACAGAGGUGCCUAACACAUGGUGUGCAGUAUGCCCAAUACCCUGGAAUAGCAUGCUUGAUUAGAAACAAAGCAUCUGUCUUUGAAAGCUGUUUGGUGAUGAAGGAGUUUCUUUGUGUUGUGUUGAAGGAUGAGUCCUUCUCCCUUGUUCAGAAAAAU